CUCUGAGCCUUUAAGGUGGGGAGAGCAAGGAAUGGCCCAAGGGCAGAGUAACUGAUAAAAGCCUCCCCGGAGGACUUCUGCCCCCAUCCAUCUCCCUGCCGCUAUCCAGCUCCUCCCCUCAGCAUCCAGCAUCCCACACAGAUUAACCAGCGCUCUCCAGCGACGGUGCGCACCGGCACUGCUCCCGCUCCACGCCGGGGGGGUUCUGCAACACGCGGGGCAGCAGCUUCCCUCCAGCCUGCGACAGCGACAGACGCAGCUCUGCUAACACCCCAUGGCCACUGCGGGAAAAGUUAUCAAGUGCAAGGCUGCUGUUGCCUGGGCCCCUGGCAAGCCACUCUCUGUUGAGGAGGUGGAAGUUGCACCCCCAAAAGCAGGGGAAGUUCGGAUCAAGAUUGUGGCCACAGGCAUCUGUCACUCAGAUGAUCAUGUUUUGAAAGGUUCCUUGCCUAAUGUAGAAUUCCCAGUUAUUCCAGGCCACGAAGGUGCUGGGAUUGUGGAAAGCACUGGAGAAGGAGUGACCUCUGUGAAACCAGGGGACAAAGUCAUCCCCCUUUGCCUCCCACAGUGUGGGGAAUGCAGCUACUGCAGGAAUCCUGAAUCCAACUACUGCCAGAAGUCCCAUAUCUCUGGACCUCAAAACCUGCUGCCAGACAAGACCAGUAGAUUUACCUGCAAAGGGAAGCAGAUCUACCACUUCCUAUGGGUCAGCACCUUUUCGGAAUACACCGUGGUCCCAGAGUACGCCGUUGCCAAGAUCGAUGCUGCGGCACCUCUGGACAAAGUCUGCUUGUUUGGCUGUGGGUUUUCCACAGGCUAUGGGGCUGCCAUCAACACAGCCAAGGUAAAACCAGGCUCCACCUGUGCUGUCUUUGGCCUCGGAGGAGUUGGCCUCUCUGCUGUCAUGGGCUGCAAGGCAGCUGGAGCUGCCCGCAUCAUUGCCGUGGACAUCAACAAGGACAAGUUUGCCAAGGCCAAGGAGCUGGGAGCCACCGACUGCAUCAACCCUCGAGACUUCAAGAAGCCCAUCCAGGAGGUGAUCACUGAGAUGACCGGGCAGGGCGUGGACUACUCCUUCGAGGCCAUCGGGCACAGGGACACCAUGAUUGCUGCCUUGGCUUCCUGCAAUAUGAACACUGGGCUCUGUGUGAUGAUCGGGGAACUGGAUUCUGGUUCAGAGAUUUCCAUUGAUCCCACACUUCUGCUGACUGGCCGUACCUGGAAGGGAACUAUGUUGGGAGGCUGGAAGUCGAGGGAAUGUAUCCCUAAAUUAGUUGCCAGCUAUUUGGAGAAGAAAUUCAAUUCAGACUUGCUGAUCACACACACACUGCCAUUCGCUAAAGUGAAUGAGGGAUUUGAGCUGUUACGUGCAGGAAAAAGUAUCCGCAGUGUCCUGCUCUUCUGAGGGACUCGGCCAAGGAAUCCGGGUGGAGGGACCAGCACAGCAGAUGCUCUCCUGGCCCGGGCCCUUCUCAAGCAGCACCUCACCUUGGGAGGCACAAGGAGAAGAGAAUGAGGGUCUCGCCUGUGCUGGUGUCACUGCUG